CUCCUCAUGUCCCUCCAAUUUAAUUUCCAACUCCCCAUAUCCCUUUGCUAUUUAUAACCAACAAUUGGCUGUAUAGGGCCAAUUCUUAGCAUUCAUAUUAUCUGUCUAGCUUUCCCGCCGCUCCCGUCAUGGAUGCGCCGCUGCUCGCCGCCGACACCCUCUCCGCCGCCGGCGAGGACGGCGACUACGCCGCGGUCAGGACAUGGCCGGAGCUGCGAUCGGUGUUCCGGACGGAGACGGCGAAGCUGUGGAAGAUUGCCGGGCCGAUCGCCUUCAACAUGGUGUGCCAGUUCGGGCUCAACUCCGUCACGGUCAUGUUCGCCGGCCACAUCGGCGACGUCGAGCUCUCCGGCGUGUCCGUUUCCCUCUCCGUCAUCGGCACUUUCACCUUCGGGUUCAUGCUAGGCAUGGCGAGCGCGCUGGAGACGCUCUGCGGUCAAGCUUUCGGAGCAGGACAACUCCACAUGCUAGGAAUCUACAUGCAAAGAUCAUGGAUCAUCCUCCUAGUCUCCUCCUUCUUCCUCCUCCCAAUCCUCAUCUUCGCCACUCCAAUCCUCAUCCUCUUGGGCCAAGAAGAACACAUAGCCAACAUAGCCGGGAAAUUCACAUUGCUAACAAUCCCCGAGCUCUUCUCACUCGCAAUCUACUUCCCGACCCAGAAGUUCCUCCAAUCACAGAGCAAAGUCGCCGCUCUGGCCUGGAUCGCCCUCGCCGCCCUGAUCGUGCACGUCCCCUUGCUCUGGCUCCUCGUUUUCGGGCUCGAAUGGGGCACGACGGGCGCCGCGUUGGCCUACAAUGUGACCAGCUGCGGGGUUGCGGUAGCCCAGUUGGUUUAUGUGAUCGCCCGGUGCAACGACGGUUGGACCGGGCUGUCGUGGUUGGCGUUUAAGGACAUUUGGGGGUUCGUCAGGCUGUCGAUCGCCUCGGCCGUCAUGCUCUGCCUCGAGCUUUGGUACUUCAUGAGUGUCACCAUUCUUACUGGUCAUCUCGACAAUGCCGUCAUUGCCGUCGGUUCGCUUUCUAUAUGUACAAAUGUCGAUGGUUGGGAAGCAAUGCUGUUCGUUGGUAUAACCAUGGCUAUAAGCGUUCGUGUCUCGAACGAGCUUGGAGCGGGGCGUCCCAGGGCAGCGAAAUACGCGGUCUACAUCGUCGUCUUCCAGUCGUUCGUGAUCGGGUUGUUGUGCAUGGUAGCAGUGCUGAUAUCGAAGGACCAUUUCGCGAUCAUUUUCACCGACAGCAGAGACCUGCAGAGAGCUGUGUCCAAGCUGGCGUUCCUCCUAGGCAUCACCAUGGUUCUCAACAGUGUUCAGCCUGUGAUUUCAGGUGUGGCAAUUGGUGCUGGUUGGCAAGGUCUGGUGGCCUACAUCAACGUAUUCUGUUACUAUGUGUUUGGAGUGCCGCUAGGGUUUCUGCUUGGCUACAAAUUUAACUUGGGAGUCGCGGGGAUUUGGGGAGGGAUGAUAGCAGGGGCAGUGUUGCAGACACUGAUACUCUUGUUCAUCCUCUACAAAACCAACUGGAACAAAGAGGUGGAGCAAUCAACAGAAAGAAUGAAGAAGUGGGGUGGGCAGGAAAUCAGUGGUGGUGAUCGUCAGGGGAAGAUCACUGGAGCUGUGUGAAGAUCAUGAGUUUAGGAGAAGAGACGAAUGUGGAGUGAUGAACUGGAAAAAGAGACUGAUCACUCAUUGAAACGUGAAAGUCAGAUUUUGAUUUGUCAUUUCAACGGUUUCCUUCUCUUUCUGCAGCUUAAAGCUGUUGCCUUCAACGUUUAGAUGCUUGGGGAAAUAGUCUAGUGAGUAGUUUUUGUGGAAGGAGUGAGCAAGGCUUGGUAGAUAAUUGAUAUUAUGCACUUUUGCCAAACUAUAAGCCAUCAAUGUCAGGAUGGCCGAGUGGUCUAAGGCGCCAGACUCAAGUUCUGGUCUUCGAGAGAGGGCGUGGGUUCAAAUCCCACUUCUGACAAUUUUUUCCUAUUUUCCACUUUCAAUGUUUUUCUUUUCUGCAGGCUUUAUUCAAGUGUGGCUAUUGGUGUUGGGUUAGCAACAAAAUCCAUUUUUUAUUUGAUUUAUGUUGGUCACAUUGUUGAUCCGUCGGGCAUUCGGAAAGGAAUGAUACCGUCUACAACAUUACAGACUCUGGUGUACUUCUCGUGU